UUGUACAACAGUUGAUCUGUGAGUUUACGAAGGUAGUGGGUUCAGCGCUGUCAAUAUAAACCACUGUCGCUUUCGGCCAUUGCUAGUUCUUUGGGCCCAUUUAUAGAGAGUAAAAGAAUAUCAAUAUGAAGGGCUUCAUAAUAAUAGCUUGCCUUAUCGCGGCUGCGUUUGCGGCUGAUAAAUAUAACGCAAAAUACGACAAUUUUGAUGUAGACACCUUGAUCUCAAACGACAGACUACUAAAAGCAUAUAUCAAUUGCUUCUUGGACAAAGGAAGGUGUACACCAGAAGGCGCUGACUUCAAAAAAACUCUACCAGAGGCCGUUGAAACCGUGUGCGGGAAAUGUUCAGAAAAACAAAAGAACAAUAUCAGGAAAGUGAUCAGAGCCAUCCAACAGAAACACCCGAAGCAGUGGGAAGAAUUGGUGAAGAAAAAUGACCCCACCGGCCAGCAUCGUGAUACCUUUGACAAAUUCAUCCAAGGAAGCUAAUUCUCACUUAGUUUUAAAUAUAAUCCCAGUAAGAUAAGUUGAUAUUUCAAAUCAAUCAUCAAGACUACAAAAUUAACAUAACUGAAAACUCUACACUUGUCUAACCAGUUAACGAGUUACAAAAUUAUAAAUCAGUUUUGCUAAUUUCCAUUUUAGAACCACCGGUCUCAUUAAAGUUGACUAGAAAUGAAUUAUAAUUAGACUUAAGUUUUUACAACGCUCUUUUUAAUGUAUUAUACAUGUGAUUUUGCUCUCUUUAUCCAAGGUCAGAAGUUACAUUGGCUUCUCCGAUAGCUUUAUAAAUCAAGUGAUCAUGGUUAUUUAUUAAACAAUCAUUUGUUAGAUUUAACAUUGGGUUACAUUUUUGUUGAGUGUUAUUUAUUUUAAAUGGCACUAUGUCGACUGAUAUAUUGUAAUAAA